UGCGGCGGCCGCUCGGCCAUGUUGAAGUGUGGAGGAACUGCAGCCCGCCAUUGUGUGUCUGAUCUGCAGCUGUAGCGAGAGAGAGAGAGAGAGAGAGAUAGAGAGAGACGGGCGCAAAGACUCUAAAAACACACACAUUUCCCGUUGACUUUAACCCGCAAACAAACGCGCAGUCUAACACACAGGCUCCGGGGAGAGAGAAAUGUCAGCCAGCAGCCUUCUGGAGCAGAGACCGAAAGGCCAAGCAAACAAAGUGCAAAACGGAGCUGUUACCCAAAAGGAUACUUUGAACGAUGAUGAGUUCGAGCCUUACCUGAACGCUCAGCCUAGACAGAGCAAUGCCUAUACGGCCAUGUCCGACUCCUACAUGCCCAGUUACUACAGCCCCUCAAUAGGCUUUACCUAUUCGCUGAACGAAGCUGCAUGGUCUACAGGCGGUGACCCCCCGAUGCCUUACCUGGCCUCUUACGGACAGCUUAGCAAUGGGGAGCACCACUUUCUCCCAGAUGCCAUGUUCGGCCAGUCUGGGGCACUGGGGAGCAACCCUUUCCUGGGACAGCACGGCUUCAACUUCUUCCCCAGUGGGAUUGACUUCCCUGCCUGGGGGAACAGCAGCUCUCAGGGACAGUCCACACAGAGCUCAGGUUACAGCAGCAGCUACGCCUAUGCCCCUAGCACGCUAGGAGGUGCUAUGAUCGACGGACAGUCUCCCUUUGCAGCCAACGAGCCGCUCAACAAGGCCGUGGGAAUGAAUAGCUUGGAUCAGGGCAUGGCGGGGCUUAAGAUUGGGGCUGGAGACAUGGCACCCAAAGUUGUUGGUUCUGGACUUCCUGGAGGGCCAUUGAAUCAAGUGUCUGCAGCUCCCACCAUGGCUCCUGCCUCCAUGGCUCCUGCGAAAACUGCGUCUUGGGCGGACAUUGCCAGCAAGCCGGCCAAGCCGCAGCCUAAGCUGAAAACCAAGGGGGGACUUGGCGGGACGAAUCUGCCGCCGCCUCCCAUCAAACAUAACAUGGAUAUUGGGACUUGGGACAACAAGGGGACUAUGCCUAAACCAACAGCCCCACAGCAGACUUCCCUGCCCACUAAUGGACAGCCGCCCAAUCAGUCGUCUCCUCAACCAGGUGCUACUGCCGGCGGGGUGCCGCAGCUGCCCCUCAGUAACGGACAGCUAGUGCCUCCCACCGGUCAACUCGGCCAGCACCCGCUUCCUCCAGGUGGCCAGCCUGGUUCUGUCCCACCUCCUCUCUCCCAGGGCCCUCCCGCUCCCCAACCCUCCCAGCCAACCCGCUGGGUGCCCCCGCGUAACCGUGCCAAUGGCUUCGGGGACGCAGCGGGUGGACCUGGCCAAUCCCCUCCCAAUUCAGGAAUGGGUGGUGUUGCUGUGCCAUCAGAGCCCCACCCAGUUCUGGAGAAACUGCGCAUGGUGAACAACUACAAUCCCAAGGACUUUGACUGGAACCCUAAGCACGGUCGCGUCUUCAUCAUCAAGAGCUACUCUGAGGACGACAUCCAUCGCUCCAUUAAGUACAAUAUCUGGUGCAGCACAGAACAUGGCAAUAAGCGUCUGGACGCUGCUUACCGUUCACUGGCCAACAAAGGGCCACUCUACCUGCUCUUCAGCGUGAAUGGCAGCGGGCACUUCUGCGGCGUGGCCGAGAUGCGCUCGCCUGUGGACUACAACACUUGUGCGGGCGUGUGGUCGCAGGACAAGUGGAAGGGCCGCUUCGAUGUGCGCUGGAUCUUUGUGAAGGACGUUCCCAACAGCCAACUGAGGCAUAUUCGUCUGGAAAACAACGAGAAUAAGCCGGUGACCAACUCCCGAGACACACAGGAGGUUCCGCUGGACAAGGCACGUCAGGUUUUGAAGAUCAUCGCAAGUUACAAGCACACCACCUCCAUUUUUGACGACUUUUCACACUACGAGAAACGUCAGGAAGAGGAGGAGAGUGUAAAAAAGGUGGAGGUUCAGGGGAGUGACCCAUACUCCAGUAAUUCCAGUCGGAGCCACUACAGAAUGCAGGAUCGCCAAGGACGUGUGAAGUAACAAGCACUGCUUUGGGCAAAAGACUGACAGGCCCUAUUUCUCUCCCCAAUCUUACAACCAGAUAUUUUCAGAAAUUAUUUUGGGGACAGAUUUAACCAAGGAUUCAAAAAGAGGAAAAAAGAAACUAAAUGAAGACUCUUCUUUGAUUUCUGUUGACCUAAAAGACUUACUUCGAACUUGUAGUAAAAGAAAUGACACGAUUAUUCAUAGGACUACAACUUAAUUCUAUAGGAUUCUAAUAGUGAACCCAGUACUUCUCACUUUUUUUUUCUCUUUUCUUUUUUUUGGGGUCCCGUUUUUUUGUUCUGCUGCCUCUUUUUCUCCCAAAUUAUUAUUUUUUUUUUUUAAGAAAAAAACAUCUGUUUUUACAGUCCAAGCACAUGGCUUUGCUUCUCUCUUACUACAAUAUUGAAUUUUUUUUUUUUUUUUUUUUUUUUUUAUUAAAUCAUUGGGUUCUAGUGCCCCGGAUCCUGUAUAGACAGUUCCUCCCUCAUUUCUCUGUUAACCCCCACCUUCUCUAUAUUGGAGCUGAAACCAUCCAGUCAGGACGUGCAAUGAUCGUCGCCUUCUCAUUGGAUGUUCCAUUGUUGGUUAAUUGGCCACUAGUCAGUGCAAGUCUCAUUACCUUCUGAGGGGAAAAAAAAGUUUACCAAGUUUCAACCAAGAUUAUAAAAUGGGGGGCGGGGGGAAAAAAAUCUAAUGAAUGUUCAGGAAUGUCCUGAGUUUUUUUCUGUUCCUGUUUUUUUUUUUUUAUUGUGUUGGUAAUAGAGGGUGUUUGACAGGGGACGGUAAACGGAGAAGCCGAUUUGUUGAGUUAAGGCUUUUGCUCAUUGGAUCAGUUUUAUAGUGUACAAAAGGGGGCUGUGUUUGAGAGUUGUCAGCUUAUUUUCCAUUUACUACUUUUUCUUCUGCAACUUAAAGAAAAAUUGUUGCUAUGGGCUGCUCUCCUCCCAUCAUUUAUUUUUUUUCGUUCUCGUCUUUCUCUUCCGUUUCUUAAGUCUGCAUUGAGGUGGGCCUUGCACCCUCUCUUUCUCAUAAUCAGUUCAUUAAAAAUAAAUGUGGUAUACUCGGCAGAACUUGUGUGUUGCAUUUUCCCCUUGUUUGACUAAAUACUUUGUCAUGCACUAACCUGUGUCCCAAACUGCCUGGUCCCCUUCCACCCAGCACCCACACUCCUCUCCUACACUAGCUGCCUGCACACUUCACCCCUUCUUCUACUUUGUUCAUGUCGGUGCAUUAAAACGACUCCUGCAAAACUGCUGGCAUUUAGCAGUGUCAGAAUAAAGAUGCUGCACAAAGCUUCAAGUGUGUUUGCUUUCUGAAGAAGUGAAUUCACAGUAUGAUCAACAAUUUGGUUGGUCUGUUCUUAUUGGUACUUUGAGGGUUUGUUUUACCUGUAUCCAUGGCUGUGUGUUUAAUUGUCGCAAACACAAUGUGCCUUUCUUGUGAGGAAGCCAUCUGAGUGUAAAUCCACCUUAAUAGAGAAUCAUUAGUUGGGUUAAGUACUUAUUUCACUUAUACUUAUUUCAAUUAAAUCAUUAAUUAUCCCAUGAAACUUAAUGUUUGAACCAGGUCAAAGAAAAAAACAAUGCUCUGGCCUCUGGAGAUGUGACUUCUCACAAGCUGAAGUGUGUUUUCUGGUUCUCUGGCUUGACCAGCUUUUCUUACAUGAAACGGUUUCAUUAUUUAAAACGUUGAAGUUAGAAAUGAUGUGUGAGUUAUCGUGUGAUUUUUAUCUGUGAUAUUGAUUUUCUUGUUUAAUUCUCAGAAGCACUUUCUUAAUUAGCCUCUCGGUGGCGCUGUUUCCACAUCUAUCCUGAAUGUUGAUACAAGGUUUUGCCUUGAGUGUGAAAACAAUGCUUGUAUGUGUUGGGAAAUCUCCACAUUCCGUCAUAAUCAUCGUUUAAAAAUAGUUAUUUUACAUUUAUCAAAGUUGCAUGUUAGUAUCCUAAAAUCACAAUGGGCUGCCUUCAAUACUCUUCGGCAGAAGGACAGUUUUAAUCCUAAAAUGGCGGCAUUAUGUGGAUAUGAACCUGUUUGUUCAACAGGGGGCGUUAAAACUUAAUUAUUUCGCCUACCAAAACUGAUGUAAACGAUCCGUUUGUUUGAAUGAAAAGAAUGAGACUUCGCGUUUAUGAAACUGAUUGAUUUAAUUAGAUUUUUUAAAUGUACUUUUUAUUUCAUUAAUUUGUGACCAUGUAUAUGUUUCGCAACAAAAGAAAAACCCAAAUUAAUUUACAUAGCUACAACCUUUUAAAGGCUUAGCUCACUCAAAGAAAAUUUCAAAACUGAUUAUUUCCUCUGUAAAACAAAAAUAUGUUUUGGGAAAUGUUCCACUUUUUUUUCAUUCCACAGAAAGGAAAUCCUACAGUUUUGGAAUGACACAAGGGUGAGUAAAUGAAGAUAGAAUUUUCUUUUGGCUGAACAAUACCUUUAAAAAUCCUCCUUUAAAACAAUUGACUGAAUAUAUUCACUUGCUCAGAACAGAUUUGUGGGUUUAAUCAUACAGAAUGUGGUGAAGAAAGAAAACAAAUGUAUAAAACCCCUUUUUUUUUAUUUUGACCUCAAAGAGUCACAAACAAUAUCGCAGUGGCCUACACACUAAUAAAAGAAUCAAACAUUGCUCGCACAGUGAAGAUUUUGUGACCUCCCUUGUUUAUUUCAGUGUACACAACAUUAAGCCUUUCACUUUAUUUUGAGGUAAAAUGAACAGAGACAUUUCACACAGAGUAUAUGCAAUUUUACAUUUUACUAUCCAACGGUUUUGAGCUUGGGUAAUUUGUCAAGGGCCACUGUGUCAGUGAGGUCACAGCCAUCAAUCAAUUAAACCUUUUAAUUGAUGACAGUGCAGCAGAGCACUGCCUCCUUAAGUGCUAAGACCAAGUGUUUACAAGAAGCCUUAUAUGUUCCUGAAUCGGUUCUUGUUUGAUGGGUGUAUGGCUAUAGUGUGUAUGUAUUUGUAUCAAUUUUGGAGUAUAAGAGAUAUUAACCUGUCAAUAUGGGUGUGUGUGUGCGUGUGUGUAUUGUUGAUAUUGGGGGUGGUUUUACGUAUGAGGGGGAAAUAAGAUGCAGCACAUGGCUCAACCUCCCGUCUGUCUAUAUCAUGCCGCCUCAGGGGCCCUUCUGUGACCUCGGCCUCUCUCUCCCCAGGGACCCCUAAACCUCUCGGGAUCCCCAGACAACAUGAAGGUGGGGAGGGGAACGGCACGUGUCUCAGACCGUUGAUGUGGUGUGUGUUUAAGACACAUGCAGUCUAGUCUGUCCAUGUGUCUACUGUCAUUCUUCUCUGAAAAUAGAGCAAGCCAAAUAGUCAACAUGCCUGCUGAUGUUUACAUUAUGGUUUACUUUUUUGCUUUUAAAACUGUAGGGUGCCUUAGAAGAAAACCAGAACCUCAUAAAAUUGCUUGGGAAAAUUCUUAUUAAACCAUUUCACUUUAGCAUGAAAAAGACUAAUAUAUAGGUUUAUCUUGCCUGCUUUUAGAUCAAUCGCUAUAACAGUUCAGGCCACAGGAAAGUCUGCAGCGAUUUUCAGGCUUUUAGAUCAUAUCCGUGUGGCCACUGAUAUCAGGCUGCAGCUGAAUAACAAAGAGAUGCAGGCCUGAACUCAAUCAGUCUCGGGUUUAAGAGCAAUAGAUGUUGUGAAUUUCCGAUUUAGGUUCUUCUUGUACCCCAGACAGUAUUAUCGCUUUUUAUCCUGCUGCCGUUGCUGUCCGGAUUGUGUGCGGGGUGAGGGGCUCCGUUUAUCAGUGUGUUGACAGUCGAGCAGCCGCGUGCGUUCAGCGCAUUAUCAAGAGCGCGCGCGUGUAUUUUUGCCAUUAGUAACGCCUGGCCAUGUCUGCAAAAGAUGCAAUUUACAUAAUAAAAUCAUUUCUGUACUACACCGAGGGACCGAUUUAUUUCAAACGAAUAUGUAUAUAUGGAGGUCGAACGAAAAUAUGAAAGGGUCCAUUUAAAUGUCCUUUCAAUUGCAUAAAAUGUGUUUAACACAAGUUAAAAAUAAAACAGAUAAAUAGCACGAAUUUAAUUUAAAAAAAAGAAAAACAAUCUGAAUUUAGGCUAAUUUAUUAUAUAGCCUACUUAUGCAAAAUCUUGCGCAUUAAAUGAUGUCUAAUUUUCUAGAUUUAAAUUAUUAAUUUAUUUAUAAGCAUUGGCUAUUUGUAUUUUUAUUUAUAUAACAAAGAAAUCAUCCAAAUUAAUUUUAUUCAAAAUAUUCAUUAAUUGUAAUGCUCUUAAUUUUAUUAAUGAUGCUAAGAUGUUUUCCAUUUGAUAAACCUCACGCAUAUUUGUCAUAUGUGUUUUCUCUCUCUCUCUCUCUCUUUCUCUUUCUUUCUCUCUCUCGCUCUCUCUCUGUAGAUGAUUUUGAAAGAAUAGG